CGGCUACCUUGUCAAAUAGUUGCAUUUUUAGCCCUCAUUUUUCGUUUAAAAAUUGUUUGAGUUUGUUAGUUCUAAUUGAUUUUCACUUAUUGUUUAUUAUUAUAAUCCAUUUUUUAUACAAUUUUUUUAGCAGCGCUGAGGUAAACUUGUUCAAAGAUGGGGUGUGGUAUUAAUCAUACCCUAUAGGGAGGGCGGAUCGAUCGGGCGAGGCCUUUGGCCUGCCGUCAAAUGAGAGAUGAAAUGUCGGGGACCCAGGCUCAAGUCGUGCUGCUGUUGUGUGGAUUUGCGGGCAGGCUGCUUUUUCCUGGCGCUAUUCGAGAUUUUCUCAUCGAUCUUGGGCUUCUUCGUGGGCGAAGAUGGUCGCCUGUUGCUGAUCGGCCGAGCUGCCUAUAUGCUGCAUUUCAUUGGAUCGAUUUUUCUUCUGAUGAGCAGCUUUUUGCAGAUCGAAGUUCUGGUCGUCAUCUAUCUAAUGACCAAUACAGUCCAUCUGAUCUUUUGCACCGCCUUUGUCAUUGAUUACGCCUUGAGUUGCGGAUUUUGCGCAUUGGAAACCAUUCCAGUUUUUUUGACCCUAACCUCUAUUUCUGGUUGGUGGCGUUUUCAUAUUGGCGACGCCUUCAAUGGGAACACAAUCCCGAAAACGAUGACUGAGGCCAAGAAGGGGUAUCGUUUAUUCUGGAUCUUGGAGUGUUUAUUAUUCUCUGUCUUCAUGUUUAUUUUGGUCUGUGUACUUUUUCGUUUUGGCCUUAAUUUCACACUAAUUUGUAAAUUUGCCUUUAAUGCCAAAGACAAAGAAGAAAACGAAAAGAGCAAAGUUCCGCAAAUUGUUUGUCCAGAGAAAUAUUUUGUAUUCGUUGCCGAGGAAGAAGCAAAUGAAUUGCAGGCAAUCAGAAUCGGAGGGAAGGGAAACUAUUUUCCAGCGUGGUUUUCCUUCUCGAAAGGCAACCCAAUCACUUCAUUCCCGGGCAAUUUUCAAUCACGUGCUAAGUGCUGCCAGACAGAAAAGAGUCGAUUUGUCUGCCCUGCCACGUUAGCGUGCAAUGCAAUGUCGAGAGGGGAAAACUGGGAAAAUCGGAGGAAAAACUGGAGCUGAUUUGUGUGCUGCAUAAUUUUCCGUGCCACAAAAAGAGGGGGGAGCAGCAGCCCAUCAAGUGGCAAAACUAUUUGCCCUAUCACGUACAAAUUAAAAAUGUGAAAUGUUUCAA